AUGGUCAAUCUCACAGUACUCGCCUCUUUACAAGACUGCCUCAAUGGUGUCUGUGCGGGUCGAUCCAACUGCGUGGCAUACGCCAGUGACUCUGAUCCUCUUUACCAGAUCGAAUGGGUCAAAGCCUACAACCUCGCCAUCGAUGUCACCCCAACAGCUGUGAUCCGUCCAAACUCAACCCAAGAGGUCGCAGCAACCGUGCAGUGCGCCGCCGAGAACGGGAUCAAAGUACAAGCCCGAUCGGGGGGACACUCGUACGCGAACUUUGGUCUGGGAGACGAAGCUGUUGCGGUGGACAUGACCAACCUGCAGGACUACAGCAUGAACGAGACAACCUGGUAUGCGACCAUCGGUGCUGGCAUGAAGCUGGGCGAUGUGGACCGGAAUUUGCACAAGACGGGUCGCGCUUUUGCCCACGGGGUGUGUCCUGGCGUGGGCCUCGGCGGGCACGCCACUGUGGGCGGUCUCGGGCCAAUGUCUAGGAUGUGGGGUACCGCGCUUGAUCACGUCGUGGAGGUCGAGAUGGUCACUGCGAACGGGACGAUUCUACAUGUGAACGAGCGGCUCAACCCAGACAUGUUCUAUGGAGUCCAGGGGGCCGGAGCCAGCUUCGGGAUCAUCACCGAGUUCGUCAUGAGAACGCACCCUGAGCCAGAAGAAGUGGCGCAAUUCACAUUCGACUUCACAUUUGGUGUGGAGCCAAGCAAGCUGGCGGACUCGUACAUCCAGUGGCAGAAGCUCAUCGCGGAUCCUAGUCUUGACCGUCGCUUCGGAAGCCAACUGGUCAUCUCGCCAAUAGGGGUCACAAUCACAGGCACAUUCUACGGCUCGGCGGCCGAAUGGAAUGCAUCUGGAAUCCUCUCAAGGCUUCCACAGAAUGGAAGCGUCAUAUUCACCGACUGGCCUAGUUCGCUGACAGCUUGGACUGUACAAGAGGCGCUGUACCUGUCCGACACGCCCUCCCACUUCUAUUCCAAGAGCCUUGGUCUCCGCCAGCAGGACCUCUUGUCCGAGUAUUCGGCCACCAAAUUGUUUCAAUACCUCGAGUCGCAGCCCAAGGGCACCCUCCUGUGGUUUAUCGUCUUUGAUUCUUCAGGUGGUGCUGUGGCUGAUGUCCCCAUGAAUGCCACGGCAUUUGCACAUCGCAACAAGAUCAUGUUCUAUCAGUCCUAUGCCGUCGAUGCUGUCGCCCUUUCCAACGAGACAUGGUCCUUUCUGACUAAUUUCCAUAAUAACUUGGUUGAGGUAUUGCCUUUGAAUGCUACAGGACGGGGAACGUAUCCUGGAUACGUGGACCUGAACAUUUCGGGUGUGCCGCAGGGGCAAUACUGGGAGUCAAAUUUACCGGCCUUGCAGAUCCUCAAAUCAAAGUGGGAUCCAAAUGAUGUUUUCCAUAACCCUCAGAGUGUCCAGCCUGUUGAGGUGUAA